GUGAACAGAGGAGAACAAACAUUAGAGAAGGUACAAAGUCACUAAAAUGCCUCCGAAAAGGAAAAACAAGGCUGCGCUUGAUGUUGAAGAUGUUGGGAUGGAGGUCGACGCUCAGUCGUCUGCUGGAAGUGAAGACGAGGCCAGAAAAAGAAGUAAAAACAGAAGAAUGAAGCAGCAACGAAGGACCAAACAGGUCAGUGACGAGGACGAGGACGAGGACGAGGCGCCACGGAGGAAAGGACGAAAGAAGAAGACCAAGCCCAGAGACGACGAGGACGACGAGGACGAGGACGACAGACGCAGCGUGAAAAGCAAAGGAUCAAAAGCGUCCAGGAGGAGAGCUGCGAAGAAGGAAGAGAGCGACGAGGAGAGUGAGGAGGAGGAGCGAGGGAAGAAAAAGAAAAGAGGAGGGAAGCCUGUGUCCAAAAAGGAAAAGGAGGAGCAGAAUAAGGAGAAAAAGGGAAACGGUAAAAAGAAAGACGGGAAGGACAGUGAGAAGGACAAGAAGAAGAAGAAUGGGAAGAUGAACAGCAGCUCCUCCUCUUCCUCUGGCUCCGAUGAAGACUCGCUGUCAGAGGGAGAGCUCGCGGCGCUGAAGGACGAGGUGGAGGAGAAGAAGAAACUGAUCGCGACGCUGAGGAACAAACCGUGGCGCAUGAAGAGGCGACUCGUGCUGCUCAAGGAGGCUCAGGGCUUUGUGGAAAAGUUUGAAGGAGCUCUUGGAAAAGGAAAAGGCCGCCGUCUGUACGCCUUUAAAGUCAUGAUGAAAAAGAAACUGAUCAAGUUUAAUCGUGACUUUGACAACUUUAAAACAGCCUGUAUCCCGUGGGAGAGGAAGAUUAAAGAAGUCGAAAGUCACUUUGGCUCGUCCGUGGCGUCGUACUUCAUCUUCCUGCGCUGGAUGUACGGUCUGAACCUGGUUCUGUUUGGCUUCAUGUUCGGCCUGGUGGUUCUUCCCGAGAUCCUCAUGGGUCUUCCCUAUGGAGCCAUUCCCAGGAAAACUGUCCCCCGGGACGAGCAGCCCACGGCCAUGGACUUCUCUGUCCUCUUUGACUUUGGUGGUUACUGUAAAUACUCCUUCCUGUUCUACGGUUACUACGACCACAAGCGAACCAUCGGGCUGCUGCAGUUCAGACUCCCGCUGUCGUACCUGCUUGUGGGCGUUGGCAUCUUUGGUUACAGCCUGAUGGUCGUCAUUAGAACAAUGGCUCGUAACUCAAACGAAGGAGGAGACGGAGCAGAGGAAGGAGAGUUCACCUUCAGCUGGAAGAUGUUCACCAGCUGGGAUUAUCUGAUCGGAAAUCCUGAAACUGCAGACAACAAGUUCGCCUCCAUCACCACCAGCUUCAAGGAAUCCAUCGUGGAUGAACAGGAGAACCAGAAAGAUGAGAACAUCCACCUGCGAAGGUUCCUCCGGGUUCUGGCAAACUUCAUGAUCCUGUGCUGCCUGGGAGGAAGUGGAUAUCUCAUCUACUUUGUGGUGAAACGUUCUCAGGAGUUCGCUGAGAUGGACGAUGCUCAACUGUCCUGGUUUGAAAAGAACGAGGUGGAGUUUGUGAUGUCUCUGCUGGGACUGGUGUGUCCUCCUCUGUUUGAAACCAUCGCUGAGUUGGAAGAUUAUCAUCCUCGAAUCGCUCUCAAGUGGCAGCUGGGUCGGAUCUUUGCUCUCUUCCUGGGAAACCUCUACACUUUCCUCUUUGCUCUGUUUGAUGAAGUCACGGCAAAGCUGGAGAGAGAGCAGGUGAUCAAGAACAACACUGAAUGGCUGCUGAAUGAAUAUUACGCCAACUACAGCCUCCACUUCAACACCACAGAUGUUCCUCCUCCUGACGUGGAUCCAUCCGACGUCAUCAGAGGACCGUGCUGGGAGACUGGAGUCGGAAUAGAGUUUGUGAAGCUCAUCGUGUCGGACGUGCAGGUGACGUAUUUGACCAUCCUGAUUGGUGAUUUUGCGCGAGCCGUCAUCGUCCGCUUCCUCAACUAUUGCUGGUGCUGGGACCUGGAGGCUGGAUUUCCUUCAUAUGGAGAGUUUGACAUAAGUGGAAAUGUCCUCGGACUCAUCUUUAAUCAAGGAAUGAUAUGGAUGGGGGCGUUUUACGCUCCGGGUCUGGUGGGCAUGAAUGUCCUGCGUCUGCUGACGUCCAUGUAUUACCAGUGCUGGGCCGUCAUGUCCUGUAACGUCCCUCACGAGCGCGUCUUCAAGGCGUCACGCUCCAAUAACUUCUACAUGGGUCUGCUGCUGCUCGUGCUCUUCCUCAGUCUGCUGCCCGUCGUCUACACCAUCAUGACUUUACCUCCGUCCUUUGACUGCGGCCCCUUCAGUGGUCAGGCGCAGAUGUACGACGUUGUCAUGGAGACCAUCGAUCAGGAUCUCCCUGCUUUCAUAGGGAACAUUUUUGGCUAUGCCACAAACCCAGGACUCAUCAUGCCCGCUGUUCUCCUCAUGGUGUUGGCCCUUUAUUACCUGAACGCCGUGUCUAAAGGUUACCAACAAGCCAACAACGACCUGAAGAGGAAGAUGCAGAUGGCUCGAGACGAGGAGAAGAACCGCAGGAACAACAAGGACAGCACCAACCAGGUGAUGAAGGACCUGGAGGACCUGCUGCCCAACAAGUCUCUGGCCCCGCCUCCCAUCGAAGAGGAGGAGCCUCCACCUGAAGUCGUCGUGGAAAAAGGAGGCAAGUCGACUAAAACCAGGCCCGGAGCGGCGGGAAAGGGAGUGAACCUGCAGAAAGACGUUUCUCUGGCUGCUUCAAACCCCAGAGCACCGGUGACACGCGGACCAGGACCCAGACCUGGACCUCCAGGGAUCGCCAGAGUACCUCAACCCGGCCCAGGACGAGGAAGAGGACGAGGACGAGGACGUCCUCCAUAAUUAAAGAUCCAGAGACUGAAGGAUUUACCACGACGUGAACAUUUGUACAAAGGAAAUAAUCUGUGGAGAUGAUCGUUCUUUAUAUUUAU